CUCCACAGGCUGCAGGAGUUUCCCGGCUGCAGGAGCCAUGAGCAGCCCGGUGUUCAAACAGGAGACAUGGGGCCGAGGAGUCACCGCAGCCCGGAGCAGGAGCAGGAAGUCCCCCGCAGCUGAGGACCAGGACCGCAGCCUCCACUUUGUGCCUGUGGUUUUAUUCUAGACCCCCUGGAAACAAACCGGAGCACAACAACAACAACAACAAGUUAAAUGACAGCUGAAGUUAUCCGGGCUUCUCUGAUACCACGGGCAAAGUGCCACACCUUCGUUUAGAGCUACAGCUCCUCGACAAAGCUGGCCAGAUGGGGUGCCGAUGCUGCAGGAUGAUAAAAAGCUACAUCUACGACCCCUCUGUGGAGGUGGAUGGGAGGAAGACCGACUCCGCCGGCAACUCGCUCUACCAGCCCCACCACCUUCCAGGCAGGCCCCCCAGCAUCGACCCGCUGAGCAGACACGACAAGCAGAAGGAGGGCAUCCACAACCUGGCCUACAGCAAGUCCAACGACAGCACCCUGAAGCUAGAGGUGGACAACAACCACCUCAACCAGAGGCUGCACGCAGCGCCUUCACCCACGAAGGAGCUGCACCAGCAGGCGAGCGGACUGCCUGAAGACGGCGGUCUGUACAUCAUCCAGCCCGACGCUGUGGCACCGAAAUGGAUGUCACAAGAAAAAAGGCCGAGCCAGGUGCCGGUUUACCCCAACAUAACGGAGUAUGAGGACCAAAGAAACUACAGCGAACGGGGACACCGAGAGUCACGGGACGAGUGGGACACCUCCAUCAGCAAGUGUGGGAAUGGCACUGAAAGCCUAUCAGCAGAUGAGAUCGAGGUGGACGAGGGCGUGGGAGGGACGCCAGAUUAUCCGUGCGACACCGGGGACGAGGGUAGCGUCCUAUCGGUGGACAUGCACACCAGCACCACCAGCCUGUCCUCAGUUGACACCAGGGACGAGCUCCGACUGCGAAAGACUCUGGACGUUUCCACCAUGGAGAGCGGGAUCUCGGUGACGAAGUACGAGGAGGAGGAGGAGGGGGAGGGGGAGGGGGAGGUGCAGAGCGUCACAGACUCAAUGGUGGCGGAGGCUCUGGCUGCCCUUGAAGCCGCCACCGCCGGAGAGGACUUUGAUUGACGGACAACUCCGCUUUCUCUCCCUUAUUACGCUCUUGACUCCGAUUUAAAAUGAGACUUGACGGAGCGAAAUAACCCCCGGUGGUUUGAAUCAGAAACGAAUGAAGGAAAAACUCUGUUUACAAAUAAAACAAACAGAUUUAUUUUUUAACUGCAAUUUUUUUUCUUUUUAUUGUGGUCACACUGAAGGAAGAUAAUAAUAAUAAUAAUAAUAAUAAUAAUAAUAACAAUGCCUUGUGAACAGGGCAAUAAGCUGCGAGGGAUUUCAUGAAGCCACAAAUAAAGAGGCACCAGUGUGCAGACUGUGAAUUUCGCCCGCUGCCAUAUCGGCCCGUUCGUCCUUUCUGAAUCUCGUCUGUUUUAACACUCCACAGUUCUACCACGUCUGUGAACUCAUCCCCCGCUCUGCUCGUACCACUAGUAAGAUUAAAGUCUUACUCCAUCACAGUUUUGGACCAUCGUUAUGCUAACUGUUAGCAUAUAGCAUCGGUUUCUCCUGUGUUAAUUCACAGUUCUUCGCCAUAUCUUACUCUCUUCAGCAAUCUUAAACUCAAACAGGAAAGGUCAUUAUUGCAUUCUCUUUUGAUACGCCACCCGUGUUUAUGUUACCAUUUUAUCUUCUUCUGUUAUUUAUGAUAUCUACACCCACGUCAUUUUUUGAUUCAUUGUGACAGGACACUGAAACGCCUCGAUUGUAGCUUGAAUCCGCUCGCGUGUCAGCUUUGAUUUCCUCCAAAUGUAAGAGAAUCGAUAAAGUAGCUACUUGCAAAGUUAGGAAUUAGUUUUACGCACUGUGCUCACGUUAUCAGACACAUCGCACAUUUCACAGAUUUUCAACUUUUGAGCCUAACUAGACCCUCGAAGCACGAAAGUCGCAAAAUCAUACAAGAAUCCAUCUUGACGGGCUUCGAGCUAAUCAGCGGAACUACUGACUGUCUGUGGUGAUGCUAGCGAGGAGCAAUCCGAUUGGUUCCGAGAUGUUUCUGUGUGACAAACCAUCUGACGUGUCAAAAUAUCAAAUCAGCCCGUUUUUUAUAUUUCUAUAGGUCAGGAUUUGUGUUUCUUCUCUGGCCUGUGACAUUAGUUCAACUCAGAUUUCGCUUAUGUGCCUUAUAAUGAACUGAUCGAGGCCGGUCGGUGCCGAGGAAAUUGCAGAUAUGGCUAUUUUUUAUUUUUCAGUAUGUUUAAGCUCAAUUCUCUGUUUGCUCAAUGAAGUUCUGAAUCUGCUUCAGUGCAGCUCCCUUUAUCAGUCAUCGUGUGCCUGCCAAAUCAUUUCUUAUUAUCAUAUUUGUAUUGUUAAAUAAAGAAAUGUACUUAAAAAAACGUAAA